AGUCGUUCAGCGCUUAUGCUGGGUGUUGACUGUUGAUAAGUAACCAUUCACACAGAUAUCCUAUCACAGGCCAUCACUUGAGCUAAUAAAAGCAUGCUGUGCACAAGACGUUUCAGUUGCUGUUGUAUUCGAGUGGCGGGCUGAAGUUGGUGUUCCUGAAGGCAGUCACAGGGCCGUGAAUUGAGGAUCAAUCUGAGGCCAGAGUUCUGUGUUUAAGCUCAGACAUUGCUCGGCCAGCACCAAGAGGCAACUGCGACCACUUCCACUCAGUGCAACAUCCGGCAUGGCUGCCGGUCGCCACCUCCCGGGGCUGCUGUUGGUCUACCUGGUGAUGGCAGCAGUAUUCAGCACGGCAUAUCGCUCCUCAGAAGAAAGAUACUCGGUGUGCAACACGCGCUGCUGCAAGGUGGAGCCCAACUGCUCGGCCGCCCUGCACGUCGCCUGCCGCUGCCACUUCGCCAAACGGGUCGUUUUACGUGACGGAGACUUCCCGCCGUCGGUGGAGACCAUCUACUUCUACGGAGUGCGCAACCUCACAAUAACAGAGAACGCGCUGUUGAACCUGCCCUCCCUGACCCGAGUCGAGCUGCGCCAGAUCGAAUGGAUGAAGGUGCUCUCGAAUGGACUGGCGCUGAACAGCAACUCCUCACUCGCCUUUCUUGCCAUCGACUCUGUGCGCCAUAUGAAACUGGAGGCCGGCGCCUUCUCGGGACACUGGGACACAGAAGCCAAACUAAGGAUUGGAUACGUGUCGUCACUGGUCCUCAGUCAGAACACGUUCAGCUUCCAGUCUUCACCUCAUAUACCCAGCCUAGUCAUUGAACAUGCAACACUACAGGAUAUCGAACCAAUGGCAUUCAAUGCGUCUUUAGAGUUUCUGACUCUGAAGGACGUUGAGAUCAAGAUGUGCAGAAGGAACGGCUUUGGUGGAAGCAUCCAGGCUUUGAGCAUGGACCGAGUUGACUUGAAUGAAGUCAGAGAAGGCUGCAUCAACGGCAGCGGCAGCCUCCGCCGGCUGUCGGUGUCCAACAGCCGUCUGGGAGUGAUUCGGCACCGCGGCAUCUGCGGGAGCAUCCCAACCGUCACCAUCAGGAACUGCAGCGUCUCUCUCCUCCAGCCGAACGGCCUGCAGCUGCGGACCGCCAAACUGGACAUAUAUAGCUCAGAAUUCACAUCUAUAAUGACCAGGGGACUAAAUGUAUUGGCUAACCAAAUCUACCUACGGAAAAUGGUUGUGGACACGCUACAAGGCCAUGCGUUGAAGGCACUACGAACGACAGAGAAUGAAAACGACAGCCCUUCCAUCCACAUAUUAAACCUUACCGUUCAGCACACCUACAACGGUUCGCUGGCAUUCGACCCGGAGACUAAUGUGGAGUUGGUUCAUCUGUCUGUCGGCAUCCCGGAGCCGCCCGUGUGUCCCGUGGAGAGGUGGGUCCGACAGCUGACCGACACCAGUGAGACGGCGCCGCUGGGACAAACACAGAAACAAAUGCAGACCCAGCUGAAUCGCCACUGGCUCUGCAAGGGGCCAAGUAGCACGACGCCCGCUACCGCCGGUGUCAAGAACGGCGGAGGUGAAAGUGCUGAACAGGACCCGCAUGCCACUGUGGAUGCUGAGGAAACUGAUGACAAGGCUAGUGUCAGGAGCAGCGAAGAUUCAGAUCUCGUGGGAGAAGUCAUUGCCCUACUCAUAGUUGCGUCCUUUGUACUCGGUGGCAUAGGCUGUUGUUGUUGCCGAGGAGUUGCUAUCUCUAGAGUCUCCGAAAAACUGAACGGACAUCGUGGAAGGGAGAGGAAGAGCGAGAUUUCGAGCAAAACUGGGCCAGACCCGAUAAGCUACACUUCCAUCACAGUUACAGACUCUGUUGCGAAGCCAUGCAAGAAAGGCCCAGCCUCGACACAGGGACGGGCAGCCGAAUCAAAUGAUGGCGGCCAGAAGGAAAGGGUUACAGAUUCAGACCCUGUGAGACGACGCAAGACUGACACAAGCUCGAACCCUGGACAGGGCGACAACUCAACAUGUGACGAUCAGGCUGGAUCAGGCGGCAAAAAGGACCGGUGAAGAGGGAUAUCGCUGCCUGACGUUACUUAUUCAUUUGUCUUUCUGUAUAGUUAUUUGUAGCUUAUAUGGCUUUUUGCAUAGAGCUGUAGUGCGUCUGCAGUGUGUUGAUUUGAUACAUGUGCUUUGUGACGCUGGUUAGGCGCCUUGCAAGCCUUUGUUACGGUUACGAGUAAAUGUCUCAUGCUCUCCAUGAAUCAACUGUAAAUGAAUUCAAGAAAACGAAUGGGGUAAUCGGCCUGAAAGUGAUGGAUAUUCGCGAAACAUAUCUUUUGUUACAGCUUACUCAUUGUUGUUUUACGAUAAGUAAGCUUUGCAUCUACUUUGUGUAGGUAUUUAGCCUGUACAGUGUACAGGUAAGCAACAGUUUAGCGUAAGGAUUCUGUCAAAUGUUUAAGAAGUGAUGUUUUGUGAGAUAUUCAGCUGAUAAGGUAAAUGUAAAUAAAUUAUUCCAUCAUUGUUUGUAAUGAAUUCGAGAAACGGCACUAGUUUGCUUCAGUGGAAUUUGCCGCAGUGUUAACCCUCGCCCUGGCAGGGGGGGUCGAUGCGACCCCCCCUAAGGUUUUUCGAAGAUAGCGUAAAAACGGCGGCGCGCAGCGCCGCCAAAUUUGACACAGUCUAUGGGGCAGCCUUUUUACAUAUGACCUGAAAAUUUCAGAUCCAGGUGACCUUGGGUCAGGUCACCAAAUCAGAAAAACCGGUACAAGGUCAUGGUCAAAUUUCAAUUUUCUUUUUGCACCUGUCCAACUCACAGUUUUGCACUGAUUUCCUUCAAACUUUCAGGAUGUGCUAAGUUAACCGAGUUGUAUGACAUAUAGUUCGGGUUUUUUGAGGUCACUGACCUGAGGUCAGUUAGAGGUCAUUAUGUCGUAAUGUUAAGCCUAUGGGAAAAUACUAAAUUCGGAAAAUACUGGCGAUAUCCGCUUCGUUCUAUCACUUUUUUGCUUUGAAACCACAGUACUUAACAGCAGGUCACUUGGUGCUUCUUUGUUUGGUGUACUUAUCCAUGGAUCAGGUCAAAUGAGGUCAACUGAGGUCAAAUGACGUUUUUGCCAAUAACUUGGCACAUAAUGACGCUAGAGCUUAAAAAAUGGUAUCAUUGUGUUUCUGGUGAUCAGCCGAAUCGAAUGAUAUGCAAUAUGCUGCAAUUUGGUUAACUUGAACUUAAUUAAUUAAUUAAAGGUUACUUAAAAUUUAAGAAAAACUUUAAGUACACUUAAGCAAGCUAAAAAGUAUAUCAUUCGACGCGCCUUGACGUGCUGAGUUCACUGGUGCUUUUCUUUUUGCUCUAUCUUAAUUAGAUCAAAAGUUAUAAGCGAAAAAAAACUUUUGACCUGUUUUUAGCGAAAUUUUUACAUUUAUACCCCCCGAAACCCCCUAAAUAUUGACCUAGAGCAACCAAAUUGGCACAGGGGAGAGAACAUCAGGGGACCCACCUACCUACCAAAUUUGGUGUUUCUAGCUUAAGAAGUUGCGUAGCGAAUUCAAGAACCUUAAUUAACCCGCGCAUGACUGGGGUAUUUUUUCAUAACGCGAGUGACUGGUGGGGGGGGGGGGGGCUCUACAGAGCCCCCCUGCCUAUCUCCGAAACUAACUGGGCCGGUCGUCAAAAUUCAAACGGCGUCUGUUCGUGAGAAUCGUUCAGUUCACCCGUUCGAUGCGGAAAUGUUCGUGCGUGCUCGUGAUCGUUCACUCGUUUUCGUACUCGUUCUCUCUCGUCACCCGGAGGACCAUAAAGUUAUUGUUCAUAUAUGAAAAA